UCUGUCCGGAUCCAGACGGCGGCGCCGGCGACAUGGUGACCUGCAAUGAUGGAUUUUGGUUUUGGAAUACUCCUCCUCCCAUGAUCUGUAAAAUGGAUUGUGGCCCACCACCAAUGCUAGACUACGCCAUCCGAGACGGCUGUGUCGCCCCCUACAAACAUGGGGACAAGUGUACCUACCAUUGCUUCCCUGAGUUCUGUCCGGAUCCAGACGGCGGUACCGGCGACAUGGCGACCUGUAAUAAUGGCAUUUGGGUUUGGAAUAAUCCUCCUCCCAUGGUCUGUAAAAUGGAUUGUGGUCCACCACCAAUGCUAGACUACGCCGACCUAGACGGCUGUGUCGCCCCCUACAAGCAUGGGGACAAGUGUACCUACCAUUGCUUCCCUGAGUUCUGUCCGGAUCCAGACGGCGGCACCGGCAACAUGGUGACCUGCGAUGAUGGAGUUUGGGUUUGGAAUAAUCCUCCUCCCAUUGAAUGCAAAAUGGAUUGUGGUCCACCACCAAUGCUAGACUACGCCGACCUGGACGGCUGUGUCGCCCCCUUCAAACAUGGGGACGUGUGUGACUACCAUUGCUUCGCCGGGUUCUGUCCGGAUCCAGAAGGCGGCACCGGCGACAUGGUGACCUGCGAGGAUGGAAUUUGGGUUUGGAAUAAUCCUCCUCCCAUUGAAUGUAAAAUGGAUUGUGGUCUACCACCAAUGCUAGACAACGCCAAUGUAAACUGUUUCCCCCCCUUCAAACAUGGGGACGAGUGUGAGUACUAUUGCUUCCAAGGGUACUGUCCGGAUCCAGACGGCGGCACCGGCGACAUGGUGACCUGCGAGGAUGGAGUUUGGGUUUGGAAUAAUCCUCCCCCCAUGGAAUGUAAAAAGGAUUGUGAGGAUCCACCAGACCCAGAAGACAGGGAUCUACUCUACUGUGACCCCCCUGGUCCUCCCUACAAGCAUUGGGCUGUGUGUUACUACGAAUGCGCAGAAGGGUACACUGGUGACGGCGGGGACGGCAGUCUCACCUGUAAUGAUGGAGUCUGGGAGGAGUCCUACGAUCCCCUGUCCUGUCUACAUCCAACUUCGACUCCAACUCCGACUCCGACUACAACUCCGACUACAACUCCGACUACAACACCGACUACAACACCAACAACACCACCUACAAGUCCCUCUUCACCUGCUACAACAUAUCCACUCACAACUUCGACAGCACCGCCUACAACCACCACAGCGCCACCCACUACAACCACGCCUCCACCUACAACCACCACAGCGCCACCCACUACAACCACGCCUCCACCUACAACUACCACGGAGCCACCCACUACAACCACGCCUCCACCUACAACCACCACAGCGCCGCCCACUACAACCACGCCUCCACCUACAACCACCACAGCGCCACCGACUACAACUACGCCAGGACAUUGUGAUCCACCGCCAAUUGUAGACAACACCAUCAAAGACUGUGUCGCCCCCUACAAACAUGGGGACGAGUGUACCUACACAUGCAUCGCUGGGUACUGUCCGGAUCCAGACGGCGGCACCGGCGACAUGGUGACCUGCGAGGAUGGAGUUUGGUGGAUUGUGGCCCACCACCAGUGCUAG